CUGUUCACAGAUUAUGUAAAGGGGGGGAGAAGAUUGCUCGCGGGAGGGAGGCUGCCGCCGCCAGAGGAAAUGGAGCCACCUCCUUCCUCUCAGGCUCCUCGCCGGCGUCUACGCCGGCCACAGGCCGCUCCAUCUCCUCCUCUCCAUCUCCCGCUUGUGACAUCUCCACUGGAGCAACCCACCGCCGCUCUUCUUCCUCCGCCUCGCGACGCCGUCACCACCCUCCUCCUUCACCUCACUGCGACGGUAUGGCUGGACACGCCGUCGCCGGUGGCAAGGCCGGCUGCGGGUCUCCGACCACUGCUCUUCUCCUCCUCACCUCUUCUUGUGGUCGGCAUAGCCUCUGUUCUCCUCGAGAUGUUGCCGUCGAAGCCGCCUCAGUUCGCCGGAGCCGCCGCAGGCCGCCCCUCUCGCUACUUUCUCUCUUUUCCUCGCCAUACCACGCGCCAACUUCCAGCGCCGGCCAGCAUCUCACCCAACAGCCGCCGACGCUUCCCAUCACUGCUGUCGCCCCCGGCAGUUGUCACCGUCGCCACUGUCUUCGGCGUUCGGCACCACUGCCUUCGGUAUCCAGCUUCGCCACUUCCGGCGUAUAUCGUCGUCACGGCUUCCAGUGACAACAGAUGUCGCUGCCGACAUCUCCAGCAGCCGCCAUCACUGCUCCCAGCUGGCGCCACCCUCCGACGACCACCAUCGUCAUCCUCCGUCGCUCACUGCAGUCCACAGCGACUGCCGCUGCCCUCUCCCGCAGCCAUAGCCACUGCUGCCGGCGAAGGGCUCUGGAUGUAGCCUACCUUGUUGCUGACAGCAGCAUCUCCGCUGCUACACCUCCUCGCAGCGCCACAGCGCCUUUGGCAGCCCGCGUCUGCGGCAGCCAGCGCCUCCGGCGUCUAGUGCCGUCACCUCCGGCAGCUCCUGCCGCAGCCACCGACACCUCCGGGCAGCCGUCAUCACCCUACAAGUAGCCGUCAUACGAUGGGCUCAGGUUUGCGUAUUCAGGCCUUCGCGCCAAGAUUAUGUUCGGCUUGUGAGCCGAUGUGGAUCCGGCCAUCGUGCCGUUGUACUUCAUUCUUCGUACCAUUGUUGUUAUCCGGCCUGCGUGCCGUGUGCCGGCCUGUGAGCCGCUGUAUUGUUCCGGGCCGCUACGACUCGAUCGGCGACACGACCAGCUCAUCCAUCCAUCCGAGGGCGCCCCCUGGGCCAGGGUACGUUCUCGUACCUUUUCUGCAUUUAGUUAAUUAUUUUGUCGUUAGUAUUCGAUUGCUCAUAUAUAUGUGGAAUUCGCCUCAAGCACUGAGGUACCAGAGGCCGGGGCGACCCGGUCGCUGGAUACAGGUACAGUUGACCGGAGGAGGACUUCUGACAAUCUGGUCAACGUAGAGGACAGCUCAUCGACUGGGUCAAGAGGAUGCGGUCAACCUUCCAGACACGUCACACCGGCAGAGACAAAGGAGCAGAGGGAGGCAUUUCCCAAGUGGCCACCCUUCACUUCGGCAAGCGUCGUUGCACUUGCUGUUCUUCGCACAGAUGCCACGAAACGUGUUGCUUACUUUCACGCACGUCCCCAGGAAUUUUGCAUCAACAUGCCUCAUCUCCUCUGCAAAAGUUUGGAGCAAAUGCAGAUUAUAAGAAUUUUUAAUUCAUUUACAAUUCUAAACUAGAAUCAGUAGUGAACUUACCAGUGGCUAAAAGGAGUAGGACGAGAAAGAAAGAACAGAUGAAUGCCUUCUUCACCUCCAUUGAUCUUUUGAGUUCUUGACGAUUUGAAGCAGUAGAGAGAAGGGAGAACUAUAUAUAGAGAGAUGAGGCAUUUGAUUUUGUAAUAGUAUAUGUUUAAAUAUGAAACGGAAAAUUUUAUACCUACUGAGUUUGGACAGCUAAGUAAGGACACGUAAUUAAGUUCUGCUCACAAAUGGUCUUAAAUGUGCU